AUGGGAACUAUACUUUACGCCCUCGUGGCGUCCGCCGAGGGGGCUCCACUGGCGGAUGUUCAUGUCUCGUCUAGCAGCCAUGCCUCGAAUGCUAAAAAAGUACUCAAGGGGAUUAAAGGACCUAUUGUGGAGAGGAGGUCUCUUUCAUACAACGGGUACUGCUACGACAUACUGCCGCACAAGGAUGGAACAGUGUACAUGUGUGUAACCGAGGACAGCUGCAGUCGUGCCGUGUCCUUCAAGUUCCUCGAGGGCGCUCGACGGCGCUGCAGCUCCCAGCGCAGCAACCCUUUUAGCCUCGCCGCUGAGCUCAGGACUGAAGUGGAGUUAUUCAAUGACACAGAGAGUGAAAAGAUACGCGAGAUUCGGUCAAUGAUGGCGGAUGUGAAGGAUGAAAUGGUGCAAAAUGUAGACAGGCUGAUGUAUCGUAGUGACAGACUUGACACGCUUCUGCUAAAAUCAUCCGCCCUGGAAGAGGAGUCUUCAGCAUUCCGGCAGAACGCCAGAGACGUCAAACGCCAACUCCUUUGCCGACGCAUCGUGACCUGUGCAAUUGUUGCCCUAAUUGUGAUUCUUGUAAUCUUCGCGGUUGUACUGAUGAUAUGCUCGACACAUGGAGUCAACUUCGACCGAUGCCGUAGUUCUUGA